UACUAUGAGAGAGAUGAAUGGUACGAAUCAACAAAUUCAUCUUCUUGUAAUCUUCCCUUUAAUAUGGAUCCUUAUGAUCCAAUAAUAAAAGUUUUCAUUCGUCAAGAGAACUCUUUUAUUAAUUGUAGUAAAUCAAAUGAUUCUUUUACAACAUUGAUGAUGGAAAAUCUUUAUCACAUAUGAAUGAUGUGGAUGGAAUUGUUCGUAUUCGAGAGCACGAUAAGUCGUUAAAGUGCCUUUACCAGCAGUUCGAUCGAUAUGGUGAAUCGGAUAAUAUGACCCAACAUUUUGAUUUGAAACCGAUAAUUGGAUAUGAAUUAGAUUUGGAAAAACUUGGAAUCGAAUUUGUUUUAAUCAAAUGUUUUCUCUCCAACGAAUUAGUUUAUACAAAUAUUCAUUCAUGGCCAAGUCGAGUUGCAAGUUCAUCAUCAUUAAGAAUUGUUAAUAAUUCCUCUUCUGAAUUAACAAUUAAUGAAAGUCAAUUGAUCAAUAAUCGAUCUACAAAACCUUCAGUGAUGCUUCUGAUAAUCGAAUCGAUGUCUUACCUUAAUUACAAACGAUUCAUGUCAAAAACGGAACUCGCAGUGUCCAAAUUAUCAAAUUUCUUUAUUCUCAGAGGAGUAAAUAAACUCGCAGACAAUACGUAUCCGAACAUAUUGCCACUUCUAACAGGUUACCGUCCUUACUAUGAGAAAUGGCCUUUCACUAGAGGAAGGCAAAUUGGUCCAUUUGACGAAUUGCCGUUCAUAUGGAAAGAUUUUAAAGCUUCCGAUUACACCACAGGCUAUGUUGAAGAUUUUCCUACAUGGGGUUUGGUACACUGUUUGACACAUAGAGGUUUUCGUAAGCCUCCCGUUGAUUGGUAUUCUAGACCCUUCUGGUUAGAAAUGGACAGACUACAAGAAUACGAUUACUUUGAUGUUUGUUUUAAUGGAAAACCGAAAAUCGUUUAUUGGUUGAAACAAGUGAAACAAUUUCUCAACAAAGCAACGAAAUCAAAUUUACCUUUUUUCCUUUAUUCAUUUUACAUUUUAGUUACUCAUGAUCAUUUUAACAGAGCUCAAAUGAUCGAUGGAUAUAUCGCUGAUUUUAUUGAUUCUUAUCGUUCUAUUCUUGAUGAUACGAUUUUCAUACUAAUGGGAGAUCAUGGUAAUCGCAUCGGGCCUUCAUUAAAAACUGGAUACGGUCAAAUAGAAUCUCGAAUGCCUCUUUUCGGUAUUCAUAUUCCACCUAAAUUAUUAUCAGAACAUAAACAUUUAUCUGAAUAUUUAAAGAAAAACGAGAAAAAGUUGACCACUUGGUUAGAUAUUCGAGAAAUACUAAAAGACAUAGUAGCUGGUCAAUAUACUCCAAUUGUAUCUUCUUCUAAAAGAAAAGCUUAUUCAGUUUGGCGAGAAGAGGUUCCAUCGAAUAGAACUUGUCAAGAUGCUCUAAUUCCAAUGGAGUUUUGUUUAUGCUUGAGAAGACAUAGUGUUCCAGUCAAUUCAACGCUCGCACGACAUUUAUCUUCCGUUGUGAUAGAUCAUCUCAAUCACCUUCUCUCCGAGUACAUUGACAGUAAUACUUGUCUUCCAUUGUCCCUCAAAAAAAUUCAUAGCUUCAAGAAAGUAAUAGAUCCAGAUGACAAUAAUAAAACCAAGCGAUUUGAAACAUUAAUAUCUAUGCAUCCGUCUAAUGGUUUUGUCCAAGCACAACUACUGCGAGCUGAGGACUCAAAAAACGGAAAAGAUGACCGCUGGGUUGUGGAAGGAGAUGUUUCAAGAAUUGAUGUUUAUGGAAAUCAGUCGAUUUGUAUCAAAGAUGAAAUCUUAAGGAAAUACUGUUAUUGUCGAGUCCAGUCGAGAUCUGUUUAG